GGUUUAUAGUACAUUAUCAUGCAUUCAUAACCAAAAAUUCAAUCGUUAAAAGUCCAAAUUCAGUCGUUAUAAGUCCAAAAAAUACGAAAAAAAAUCAUGAAGAGACCUUGUAAUAACCUUGUUUUGUAUUCUAAGAUUAUGAUUUUCUUGAUGUUAUUUUUAUGUGUUAAUUCUCAAUUAACACAAAAUUUCUACUCAAAAACAUGUCCAAAUCUUCUUAAAAUUGUUAGAAAAGAAGUUCAAAGUGCAAUUAAGAAUGAAAUGAGAAUGGCUGCUUCUUUGCUUCGUCUUCAUUUCCAUGAUUGCUUUGUCAAUGGUUGUGAUGCAUCAUUGUUGUUGGAUGGAAAUAGUAACACAAGUGAGAAGUUUACUCCAGCAAAUUUGAACUCAGCAAGAGGAUAUGAAGUGAUAGACAAUAUUAAAACCGCUGUUGAAAAUGCAUGUAGUGGUGUUGUUUCUUGUGCAGAUAUAUUAGCUAUAGCUGCAAGAGAUUCAGUGUUACUGAGUGGAGGGCCAUUUUGGAAGGUGUUAUUAGGGAGAAGAGAUGGAUUAGCUGCUAAUUUUUCUGGAUCAAGCAAUGCACUUCCAGCACCAUUUGAUCCACUCAAUACAAUUAUUUCCAAGUUUGAGGCUGUUGGAUUAAACUUAACAGAUGUUGUGAGCUUAUCAGGUGCUCAUACAAUUGGAUUAGCAAGGUGUACAUCUUUUGACAGUAGAUUAAGAAACUUCAAUGGGACAAAUUCACCAGACACAACAUUAGACACAACCUUAGUGAGUGAACUCCAAAAUUUGUGUCCCUCCACAAGUGAUGGAAAUAAUACAACCCCACUUGAUAGAAAUUCCACAGACUUAUUUGACAAUCAUUAUUUCAAGAAUUUGAUCAAUGGAAGAGGAGUACUUGAAUCAGACCAAAUCUUGUUUUCUAGUGAUGAUGCCACGACAACAACAAAGACCCUAGUUGAGACAUAUAGUAAUAACUCUAUGGUUUUCUUUGAUGACUUUGUUAAUUCCAUGAUUAAGAUGGGAAAUAUUAGUCCUUUGACUGGAUCAGAUGGUGAGAUCAGGACGAACUGUAGGGUUGUUAAUUAAUUCGAUAAUUAGUUAAUAUGAUAUAGUUGUCCAGACUCUUCGAAAAUAUGGUGGUACUCAUGUUGAAUCCUUUAAAAGAAUUUUUGAAGGAUUUGACGCACAUUUGACAAUAUUUUUUAAGAGAUUGAACAACAUAAUUAUUAUGUACUUGUAAAAGUUGUGUAUUGUGAAAUAAUUGCUUGAGGGGAAAUGAUCACUAGUUAGUAUAUGUACUAGUAUAAGUUGUUGUAUUGUGAAAUUUUUGUUUUGGGGAAAUUAAUAUGAUCUUAUAUUUUAUACUUUA